GAGGGGGUGCGAGGUGCACCGGGAGCGGAGGAAAGUUGGAGGAAGAGAAGAAAAGCCCAUUCAAUGCUAAAUCAAGUGGCGGGAACCGGACGACAGGCUCUGUGCACCACACCUCCUCUGAGCCGACCGGACUUCUCCAUCAUGUUCGCAGACGCCAGGCAGGGAGGCCGGGACAGCGUCUACCAAAACAACAACGGCACGCACCACCACCACCUCCCGUGGCCACACAAGGUACCGGGCUUUCCACGGGAGCUGAGACGCGCCGACAGUGAACACAAGAGGACAUGUGACAAAAACGGGAGCCUGCGCUUCGUGGCAAAAGAGCACACAGCGAAAUCUCACGAGAGCACGGGCAGCAGCGGCGACCUUUCAAACAGACCCUGGCGUCAGACAAAGCUGCCUUUUGCCGCGCGGGACGGCCGCGAGCAGCCAGAUGUGGCCGGAUACAGCUGUGCGCCGGAGGCGAGCCCUGUGAGGUGGAACAGGUCUGUGGGACAGGAGCAGAAACACUGCCUGUUUGUGAGGGACUACUACAGAGAAUGCCGCUUUGUUGAGCACUGCCACCAGACCGACACACACCCCUCCUCAAGAAAGUGCUCGCCUGCUCCACCGACACAGUUCAAAGGUCAAGAAAACUGUGGAGCGUCUGUUUACAGCCAGGGACAACAGCAGGGCUGUGUGAGAGAGCCCUUUCAGAGAGAGCCAUAUGGAGCUGACAUGCCUGACACAGGUAAACAAGACCCCGCUCCACACGACUACUUAAAAAACACUUUAAAUUCUGAUUCUGAUUGCAAAGUGGAUAGCAGCAAGGGGGAUCAGGUUGCACCCAAGGUCCUUCCACAGGAAAGCCUAGAUAAAUCCAGCUCCAGUAACUCUCCCAUCCUCCCAUACAAAGUUUCACGUGGGGAGCUGGCUUCUGCUAACAAGCAGCUGCAGCAGCAUCAACAGAGCCAUUCCCAAAUGGGGGAGAUCACAACUAAUGCUGAGCGGCUGCCCUCCAGUGCAGCACAGGGACCGAAGCCCGCUCCAAAGCCAGAGCCCAAACCCGAGCCGUGCCUGCCGUGGCCAAAGAAGAAACAGAGGGCCGUUCGGGACCAAAUCCGACGAGUCGUUGUGGAACUGGAGGGGAUUUUGCAUGGCCUAAAAGAGGUUCAUCUGGAGAUAAAAGAGGUGGUCCAACAGAUUGAGCUUCUGACCUCAGACAUUGACCUCACGGGGGACGAGCCACACGCCGGUCUCCAUAGUGACACGCUGGGCAGCAGCAGCUCCAGCGGGGUGAUGGUGGGCUGCUUGCGGGCGGAGGGGGACGACAGGGGGGAUGUGGAGUCGAGCAGAGCAGACAGUGUCCCCUCCUCCCAAAAGAGCGUCGCCUCGGAGAGCAGCAGCCCUGUGUCGUCCAGCACUGUGGCCAACGCCAGAACACAGCACAGUCAGAACUCUAAUGAGGACCACAACACCUCGCCAAAUUACCCACUUAACACUGAUUCUCCACCAGCUAUCCAAUUUAGUGGCCCCAGGCCAAAGGGCAGGAGAGAGGGAAUAAAACCAGCCCUCUUGAGGGCAGUUACUCUAGGAGCCAGGGGCAAGAAGCCCCCACCGUACCCCCACCAGCACCCCAAAACUACCAGGGCAGACAAGGGAAGGGAUUGUCCCCCGUACCCAGUGAAACGCAGGCUGCUCUCCACCACCGUCUGAGGGACUCGGGGCGCCAGGGCUGCUGCCACUGCUGGCUGGCACAGUUCUCACCAGCUGUGAGAGGUCGGUCUCCACGGUGACAGGAACCUUUCAGAAAGACCCACGGGACUACUGAGGGAGCAUGCACCACCACCAGCUAAUACACACCCUGAGGACUGAUGCUACAGUAGAUUGGGUGCUGCUGCUGCAUAUGGAGUUGUAUGGAGGCCACGAGACAAGCGUCUGCUCAGUGCACUGGAGUUGUGGAGGACUCGGACCAGAUCCUGCCGUCCCGUACUGCGCAGUCCGCUCUCGUACUCACUACACCACUCAUUUCUAGAUCACGGGCCCUGCACAGAAACAGGACUUGCGACAGAAACAACGCUUCCUGUCUGGCGUGCCGGAGGACGAUUAAGGAUUCUGGGUCACCGGUGUGGCCUGCUUAUCCUCCACUCAGGGCAAAGCGAUUGGUGCAUCAUGUUUUGACUCGUGCAGAGGAGAAGACAAAUGAUUUUGACAUCAUGGCUGGUCCAGGGAGAGCUAACAAAUAUCCCCAUCACUGUUCAACAAUCAGUCAAGCAUGGUUUAAUAGGACAGCACAGCUUAACAGAAAUGUGAGCCUCUCGUAAACAGCACAUCACCUACACAGAGAGCCUGUGAGCACGAUACACGUGCGGCCCUCUGUAAGAUGCAAGCCGUUCACACUCCGUUGUAUGUGCAUGAUUACAUUCUUCCACAAAUCUGAUCUAAAAGCUAAUCAAGCAAAUCAUGGCACUAAAAGAACAAUAGACUGGAAUGUUGGAGUCAUAUCCAUCAGACUAAACUGUGAUGUAAAUCUGUUAAGACGACUUGCCUACUACAGGAAGGAUGCAUGCAAGUUCAGACUUACUUUAUACCUUUAAACAUCAUACUGAACUUCACAUAUCAACACUAGCUGUACUCUAAAGGUUUUAUUCCAGCCACUUUAAAUGAAGCAAUAAGAGUAUUAGCAACUGAUGGGAUAAUAUUAGGGCCCUGAUGUCUUAGCUUGGAGUCAUCAAGGUCAAGCAGACCUGUUUGAUUAAUUGAAACCAAAAUGUACCUUGAACUUCAACAUUCUGUAAUGUAUUCUUAUAUGUAAAAUCUUUUAUGCUGCAGCAAUUGUUGUGAAUGUAUUACUAUGGAAUACCUUCUCCAGAAAUAUUACACAAAAGGUGAACACAAAGCAUUCAUGAUCUCAAUAAAGACAAUCAUUGUA